CAGACACUACGCAGCCUUUUCCUAAAAAUACUCCUGGAAUGUGCUCGAUGUUCAGCGAGGUCUGUGGCAAUGCCGUUGAUCGGAACAGGAAAACACAUGUUUCCUGAAGAUGUCGUACUACGUGUUAUGAGAGAAGAAUUUGAGAAAUUCAGCUCGAUGAAUCUGCCAGGCACGUUAAAGGAAAUCAAGCUAGUCAGAUAUGGUCAGCGUAUGAAACGAACCACUGUUCCGGCGCAACCAGUCAACGGUAAGUUAUUAAAGAAGAGUUAUCACAUUUUCUACGACACCUUGGUCGUUUUAUGAGAGAAGACUUGGUUGGGGAAAACUAUAAAGCAUUGUUGCGGAAUCAUUCUUUUCUGUCCAUGAUUCCCAAAGAUGAGCUAACCAACCAAACGUCAAACUUGCCAUGUACAGGUACUUAGGAGGAAAACAUGUUUCUGAAUUUGGCGGGAAACGUUUUUGUUUCCUAGGAAGUAAACUUUGUUUCCGUAACAAUAUUUCUAAUAAAAAUCAAGGAACAAUUUGUGGUUACACCAUGUAUUUAAUUUGAUUCUGAGCUUUCGGUCCGUGUACUCGGCCGUCUUCAGAGAAAGAAUGAACAUUAGAUCACAGAGUAGAUACAUAUAUAGCCUGCGAACAGGCUCUCAAGUUGAAUUGAGAGCCUGCAUCGAUGACUAAUGAAUUUGAAUAUCUGCGUCUCAAAUCGUGACGCGAAAUUCUCAUUGGUCAGAUGCUAUAAUUUAUAUGUUUCCGCUGAGCUCUAUAUAUGUCAACUGCUGAAGCAUUAUGCAUAAAAAACACUUUAACUGAUCAAAUUGGUCUUGGCCGUCUUGUCUCAAAGCACGAAAUGUUCUGUUUUGAGAAAACAGUAUUUAAAACAUUUGAACUUUUGCUUGAAUAUCUUAUAUUUCGUAAAACAGUAUAAACUGUACAGUCUAAAUUUAGUUUGCACGGUCUAAAUUUAGUUUGCACGAAAGUUGUAAACAACACCAUAUAAGGAUAGACAUUCCAUAUUUGGAAAAACGAACGUUACGGGGCAGAUAUUCAAAUUCAUUAGUCAUCGAUGCAGGCUCUCAAUUCAGCUUGAGAGCUUGUUCGCAGGCUAAUACAUAUAUAGAGUUAUAACUAGUGUACCCAUGCUCGGCAAGUUACUAGAUGCAUGCAUCUGAUUGGAUGACGACUCGCUUUAACUGCUCGCGGAACUUGCCGAGCACGCGCAGUUGACAUUUUUUGCUCGAUCGCCUGAAAAAAGUGGGUACAUGAAAACGUAAGCUUCCGCAGUGUUUACAACGGUCAGUUAUAGCUCUGUAUGUAUCCACUCUGUGAUUAGAUUGCGUCAGUAAACCUAGAUACCGUUGUUGUCGCGUGCGCAAAUAUGCGUAUACGUCAAAUUUAAAAACAAUAAUUCUACAAUUCUAAAUUGGAAACAACUUAGUCAUAGAAAAUUAGAAAUAAAGUAGCUGUUAAAAUUAGAACAGGGAUGUCCUAGUGUCAUUAAGUCGCUUGCCAUCUUGCAGAGUUGUCCGAUGUUUAAAAAUCUCUAUAGAUUCCCUCAUUUUCCGAGCGUAUAGUAAUUGCUAACAGGAACAAGAAGUGUUGAAUCAUUCCAUUCAAUCCGAUGUUCUUUUUCCCAGGCAUGUUUACUGUUUACCAAUUGCUGAGUUCAGCUUUGUUGCAAUAGUUCAGAUGUUCUUUUUGUCGGGUUUUCAGGUUUCGUCCGGUUUCUCCAAUGCAUGCCAUACCACAUUCACACGGGAUAUGGUAUACACCAGGUUUCAAAUCGUUGUUUGUCUUGUCUUUGUGAGUAUAAAGUAGUUGAUACAUUUUCUGUUGAGAGAUGUGGUAGACUUUGAUGUUUGAUUGCUAGAGAAUUCGUUCAAUUUUGUGGGUACAGGACCGAUGUAAGAAAUACAAUAGUUAAGGAAAGUCGUAAGACUUUCUUUACUAUGAGACCAAACAGAUAGGAUGUCGUCAACGUAAUGUUUCCAUAAUUUAAUUGUGAAUGGGCUGUUGGAGAGAGCCUUUUCUUCAAAGUCUUCCAUGAAGAGAUUGGCAAGAAUAGGAGAUAAGGGUGAACCCAUAGCAGCUCCGCUUGUUUGUUCGUAUAUAUUCAUCUCUCCACUGGAAGCAUGUUGAGCUGAGACAGAGCCGGAGUAAAUCAAUUAUUUCGUCUACUGUGAGGUACGUUCGCUCGUUAAGAGUGUUAUCUGCAAGAAGUUUUCGUUUAGCAAUCUCGUAGCCUUCGUUCACUGGAACGUUGAUAAAAACACUAACAAUGUCAAAACUAACUAUAUAGGAUGUCGUCGGUAUCCAGUUGAAUGUUUCUCAUUUCGUUCACUAGUGUUGAGGAGUUGAGAACGUAGUGUGACGUUUUUCCUACCAGAGGUUUGAGGAUUUUAGAUGUUGCGUUAUUAUAGGUUGGUGAGCCCUUUGGUGUUACUAUAGGACGAAGAGGGACAUCAGGUUUGUGAACUUUAAUUAUGUAAACCAUAACAUUUUGGACAAGUCGUUGCUGAUGGGUGUAGGUGGCUGUAAAGAUUGAAGGGUAAACUAUCGGCUUUAUGUAGUGAUAGUAGAUGCUUCGAUACGUUUAAUGCAAGGAGUCGGAUCACGUUUUAAUUUCUUGUAUGUAGUAGAUGAAAGCAUAUCUUUAACCUUAUGUUCAUAAUCCGUUUUAUCCAUGACAACGGUGGAAUUUCCUUUGUCAGCUUUCAAAAUGUGGAUGGAAUUAUCGUUCCGUGGAGAUUUGACUUUCUGUUCUCUAGGCCUAGGCGAAGGUUGUUGUCUGGUGGUUUAGCACGGCGUAAAGUCUCGGUGAUUUGUACACGAAUGCUGUUGGCUGUUUCGUUGUGCAAUUGAUAUAAAGCUGGCUGGAUUUGUUGUACAAAUUUAGGAAUCGACUUCGGGGUAAUAGCAAAGUUCAGACCAAGGUUUAGGACACAUUCUACUUCCGGGCUGAGUUGUCUUUGACUUAAGUUGAUUACAGUAUCCGGUUUUGUACAGGAUCGAUUUAAAGGAUUAGUAGUUAUCUUUGUGAGUUUAUCAAAUUUUGAUAAUUGUUUGGUCUUUGUCUCGUUGAAAAGUUUAGCUGUGCAACGUUUCACAAUUCUAUCAACAAUCUUGUAGUCUUCAUUUUCAAGAGUGUUAAGCAGGAAAUUUUUAGUAGAUAUAAUUGACGUAACCACAUAAUUAAGUUGUUUUCUUGUCCAAGAAAUUCGUUCUCUCACUAGAGCGAGUUCAGUUCGUUUAAUGAUAUUAGAAGCAUUCUUUGAGUGUAGGUUGGUGGUCAACACUAGUCCUUUUGGUAUAAUUUUACCAUCACUACAUAAAGCCAAUCCUCAAACCUCUGGUAGGAAAAGCGUCACACUCAACUCCUCAACACUAGUCAACGAAAUGAGAAACAUUCAACUGGAUGCCGACGACAUCCUAUAUAGUUUUGACAUUGUUAGUCUUUUUUAUCAACAUUCCAGUGAACGAAGCCUGCGAGAAUGCUAAACGAAAACUUGUUGCAGAUAACACUCUUCACGAGGGAACUUACCUCACUAUAGACGAAAUAAUUUAUUUACUCCGGCUCUGUCUCAGCUCAACAUGCUUCCAGUGGAGAGAUGAAUAUAUACGAACAAACAAUUAGCGGAGCUGCUAUCGGUUCACUCUUAUCUCCUAUUCGUGCCAAUCUCUUCAUGGAAGACUUUGAAGAAAAGGCUCUCUCCAACAGCUCAUUCACAAUUAAGUUAUGGAAACAUUACGUUGACGACAUCCUAUCUGUUUGGUCUCAUGGUGAAGAAAGUCUUACGACUUUCCUUAACUACCUCAACAGCAUUGACCCUGUCAUCAUAAUCAUCGAUUUCACUCAAAAGGUCGUGAGAAACACAAGAAGUUGCCAAACGAAAAGUUAACCAGAAAAUUGAUUGGUUUAGCAACAAGCCUAGGAAUAUGUAUUUCUCAAGCUCAUUUGUAUAAUAAUUUAUUAGCAAAACACAAAGGAAUUCAUCAUCGUAUCGUUGUCUUGAUAUAUACCACACUAAUAAAGAUUUUGUUUUACCAAUAAACUAGUGCGGAUUAAAAGAAACCUAAAACAACCAAAAUGUAAGUCAAGUCCAGAAAUUUCGUCAUGUGUAGAGUUAUAGGAGCAAGAAAACGGAACUAUUUAUUUUGUUUACUUAAUAUAGUAAAGAAUGCAUUAUGAUUUUACAUUAUGUAUUGGUCUUUCAUUUUAGGAUCAGAGUUAUCUCUGCCAUCCAAUUGGACACUCCAGCCAGAAAACCAACUAGUUAAGCUAGUCAGAAUUGCAACUUCAUCCCAAGAGUAUCUGGAAGUCUUCAACCACUUUGUAGCCCGAGGUGGCAAUGCAAGUCAACUUCGCAAGGUGGAAAGAAUUCAAAAUCCUCAACUUUAUUCUAGGUACUUGGCAUUCAAAAAAUCCAUGCGAGGUGAAGUCAAUGAAAUGCGUCUGUUUCACGGCACUGAUGCUGCUAAUAUUGAUUCGAUUAAUGCUCAUAAUUUCAGCCGAAGUUUUGCCGGAGUUAACGGUAAGGGAUAUUUUGUUAUUACAGGUAAAAUGAGUAAAUUGCUCUAAGACAGAAAUUUCAUUAAGACAGACAUCUCUCUUUGUUUGAUAUCUAGCCUCCUAAUUCUUCUUUUAUAAGACAGAUACGCUUCUUAACAAUAACGGGUAAACGACGAUGUUUUAAUCGUGACGUUAUCAUUUUAAUAGGUGUUGCGUACGGGAAUGGUGUGUAUUUUGCUCGUGAUGCUUCGUAUUCGAUGGGAUAUGCCAACCGACAGCUCUCAGAUGCUCUUCCAAAGAUGUACAUGGCCAAAGUACUUGUCGGUGACUACACAAAAGGGAAAAAAGGGAUGAAGGCACCGCCUUUGAAAAAUGACCCCCAUAAUCCUGGUCUGCGUUACGAUUCUGUUGUGGAUCAUCGUAGGAAUCCAUCAAUGUACGUUAUAUUCCAGGAUAACCAGUAUUAUCCCGAGUACCUUCUUACGAUGCGAUAGUUCUUCGAACUUUAAAAUUGAACAGUUAUAUAAGAUAUAACGUAGAAAUUUCGCCAAACUGUCAAUAUGUUGUAACAUGUUGUAAUGCCAUGACCAUCUCGGAAUCUUUUGUUUUUCUAGUUAAUGUAAACCUCAUGUUUUUCUUAUUGCUGUAUGUAUGUAUGUAUGUAUGUAUGUAUGUAUGUAUGUAUGUAUGUAUGUAUGUAUGUAUGUAUGUAUGUAUGUAUGUAUGUAUGUAUGUAUGUAUGUAUGUAUGUAUAAUGUAUGUAUAAACUUUAUUUCAACACGGAAAUCUCAUCAUUACAUAAAUAAUGCUCUGAGAACCGUGCAUAUAUACAAUUAUAUAAAUCUAUGUAAAUAUAGGAAGAAAGGAGAGAAAAGGAAAACAAAGGGGAAACUAGAUUUUACAAUAACUUGAAUUAUUAACUAUAUUACAUAUAUACAAUAAAAGCAUUAAUAAUACCUUAUUCAAGUGCCACCUAUGUUCCAACGUAAAGCAGCCUAAUUUUUCUAAAAUAAAGAUGUAAUAUCAUAACCACAACGUGUGAUAAUCCGCCCAGCACGAUUUUGUAAUUUCUGAAGUUUCUCUUUAGAACCUUUAUUGCAGUUAUCCCAUACCGAUGAACAAUAGUCGAAAUACGGUUGUAUAAUUGCAUAAUAUACUUUCUUUAAUGCGUCUACUGGG